AUGACGGCGGAUGUCAAGAAACCCACCGCUUCCUUCAGCGUAUCUGGCAAAACUGCCAUUAUCACCGGUGCUGGCUCUGGCAUCAAUCUCUGCUUCGCGGAGCUUCUACUCGCUCAAGGUUGCAAUGUCCUUAUUGCUGACCUCUCUCUGAGACCUGAAGCAGAGAUUCUUGUGGCGAAAUACCAAGACGCCGAAACCAAGCCUAGAGCUGUAUUUGUCGAAACUGACGUCACCUCAUGGCCGGCGCUCUCCAACAUGUUCAAGGUUGCUGUUUCGGAGUUUGGCGGCUUUGAUGUACUUUGUCCUGGCGCUGGCGUUUACGAGCCACAUUGGUCAAGCUUCUGGCAUCCUCCAGGGUCGUCGGAGAGCAAGGACAGCGUAGAUGGAGGACAUUAUUCGCUGUUUGAUAUCAACAUCACGCACCCUAUUCGCUCAACACAGCUAGCGAUCUCGUACUGGCUGCAUUCGAAAACCGCCGCAAGUACUACUGUGACCUCUGCCAUUAAAGCUUCUCCCAAUAAUCCCAAAAGGGUCGUUCACAUCUCUUCUGUCGCGGGCCAGGUGCCGAACAUAAACGCUCCUUUGUAUGCAGCCUCCAAAUUUGCUGUUACAGGUUUCGUACGGAGUCUAGCACGAUUAGAAGAAACAGAUGGAAUCCGCGUCAACGCCGUCGCACCUGGCGUCGUCCGCACACCAUUAUGGACUGAGAAUCCGGAGAAGCUCGUCAAUUUGGACAUAAAUCAAGACGGCUGGGUCACCCCUCAAGAGGUAGCAGAGGCCAUGUUACGAUGUGUUGAGGAAGAUUCCCUUGUCGGAGGAUCUAUCCUGGAGGUCGGAAAGAAUUGCACGCGCAUAGUUGAGGCGUUCAACGAUCCCGGUCCAGAUAGAGACCCCAAGAAUGGGUUAGUGGCAAGGAACGUUUCCAAAGGGACCGAUAUGGUAUUUGCUUGGCUCAAAGAUGCCACGAAAUGGGCUGCUGGUAGAGACUAG